AUGAAAGAAACGAAAAAAACACGAAAUCCAUUUUUAGAAACAUCCUCGAAAUUAAAGGUAACACCAUUUUCUACCCAAGAGCUUGUUGUUGAUCAAGCUAAUAUUCAUGAAAUCGGACCAAACGACCUUUCAUUUUAUCCAAAUUUAGUGGCUUUAUAUAUUCCUCACAACAAAAUAGAAGUAUUGAACAAUUUAGAAAAGAAUAUUCGUCUUACACUGUUAGAUGCUCGCGAUAACCUCAUAAAAGAUUUAAAUUUAUCAAGACAAACUUUUCUCACAGAAUUAUAUCUAUCAUCAAAUAAAUUACAAGAUCUAGAACAAACACUCGCUAAAAUCGUUCAUUUAAGAAACUUAGAGGUCCUUGAUUUACGUGGAAAUCCACUGACAUUAGAAAAAGGUUAUAGACAAACAGUAGCUGCUGCCAUGCCGUGGCUUAAAGUACUAGAUGGACUUGACAUUUCAGCAGCAGAUCGUCCAAAACAUACAAUAAAAAGAGAUAAUUCAAAUUCUAGACCUAGAAGACCACAAUCAAUUCUUCAGCAUCUCAUGGAAAGACCACCGAGUGCUGCCGAUGCAGUAAUUAUUCGUAAAGCUAAUAAAAUACGUGCACAAACUGCAUUGAAGCAACAAAGAGAUGUUGUCGAAGAAAAACCUGUAGUUGUACAACAAAGAACAAUGCCACUUCCUGAUUGCUUAACGAUAGGUUUAAGAAAGCAACCGAAAGAAGAGGAAGAACAAAAAGAUAAAACUACAGAAAUUCCAAGACGUAAGACUUACUCAAGGAUGUACAUCAAACGUCCUGUAUAUACAAAGACAUCCGAGCUUAGUGAUAACGAUCAAAAGCUUAUUAAGCUUAAUCCAGAUUUACCUCCUAUUUUCACUCAACUUAAGAGUGAAAAGGUAAUGGCCAAUUAA